AUGAGACAAAUGCCCCAGCUGCCCCUACUGGGGCUCCUUCUGGCUUCCCUUCUUCCAAGCCAACUAUGCAAGAUCUGUGAUGUAAGUGAAGACAAUCCACCCUGGCUGAACCAUCUGCUGAACACAAUGAUCAAUUCAAAAUAUACUAGUGGAAUCCAAGCAGCCAAUGUUCUGCUGUCCCUGAGACUGGCUGGGUUCCAGAUCCAAAACCUGGAGCAGAAGCUGAUCCAAGAAAUCAAAGACAGUGUGGUAAGGAAAGGGAAUGAGUUAAGCUCCGGACAACUUGCAUGGACUAUAAUGGCUUUGAGAGCAUGCCGUAACCCUGAUGAAACCUUUGUGUCUGAUUCUAAUCUGCUCCAGCGUCUACAAGAGAAAUUUCAAGAUGAAAUUAAAAACAUGGAAGCUCACGAUGGCAAUCCACUAACAAACUACUACCAGCUCAGCCAGGACGUCUUGGCCUUGUGUCUGUUCAACAGGAACUACCCUGCCACAAAAAUCGCUAAAUUCUUCACUCCUGAAAACAAAAACUACUACUUUGGUGGCAAGUUCUCUGUAGAUACUGGUGCGAUGGCUGUCCUGGCUAUGACUUGUGUAAAGAGAAGUAUAAAAAACCAGCAGAUCAAAGCAGAUGAAAACACCUCAUUGAAAAUCAGUAAUAAUAUAGAGUUACUGGUAAAAAAGAUUUUGUCUGAAAAAAAAGAAAAUGGUCUUCUUGGAAACAUAUAUAGUACAGGAGAAGCAAUGCAGGCCCUCUUUGUCUCAUCAAAAUAUUACAAAGAAAGUGCCUGGAAUAGCCAACAGACUCUGGCCACGGUGAUGGAGGAAAUUUCUCGGGGAGCAUUCAAUAUCCCAAUUGCUGCAGCCCAGCUCUUACCUGCCAUGAUGAGAAAGACCUAUUUGGAUGUUAACAAAGACUCUCCUUGCGUCUGUGGUUCAGGUACAAUAAGCAUACAAGGGGAAACGCCCAGUCCUGGGUCUGUGUCUGUGACACCUACCAAGUCACACUCCUCUAUUGAGGUUUAUUACACGGUGAGAAUCAACGAGACGUUUUCCACCAAUCUCAGCGUGGCAGCGGGGUCUGUCUUCCUAGACGUGAUGGAAGCAGCCCAGAAACAAAACAAGACUGUGUUUGGCUUCACAAUGGAGGAGAGUUCUUGGGGCCCAUACAUCACCUCUGUGCAGGGUCUAAGGGCCAACUCUAAUGACAGAACUUACUGGGAAAUUCUGAGUGGAGAUACACCACUGACUCAAGGAGUUGGCAGCUAUGUUGUCCAUGACAGAGAACAUCUGGAGAUUCGUUGGAGCAAAUACUAA